AUGUCCUCCCCCCGCUCUGCCGUACACAUCCCCCAGCCUCCCGCUUUCCUCGACAGCGUCUGCCUCCGCGACAUCGAGCUCCCACUCCCUGCAGCCCCAGACCCAUGGCACCGCCCCGACAAACCCCAGCCCUGCACUGCAAGCCUAAAGCUCUCCUACUCCUCCGCGAUCGCUGCCGCAGAACAAGACGAUGUCUCGUUGUCACUCGACUACGGCAAACUCUUCCGCCGCCUGGAGAGCGACAUCCGUGACAUGGCCCACCACAGCACGUCGCCGGAGCACCCUCACCACCGCAUGAUCAGCGUCGACGGCACGCAGCGCGAGGAAAUGAAGGUCAGCGAGGUGGGCCAGGAUCCCCGCGUCACGGCCGGGAUCGUGGCGAAUUGCGGUCUCGGUUUGCUGGACGAGACGGCCGCCGGCGUGCGCCGCAUGGCGCAUGUGCACCAAAGUCCGCGGAAUAGCUUCUCGGGUGCGCCGCCUCCCGUACCUGCAGCGGCUUCUUCGUACCCGAUUGCAGCGGACUAUGGAAAGUGCGAGGUGUGGCUGCAUUUGCCGAAGGCACUGCUGCGCGCGGAAAACGGGCUCAAGUAUCGCAGCGUGACGGUAUGGGGCUAUAAGGGUGGGGCGGAUGCGGAGGCCUUGGACUCGGCGGCGCGGUCUCCUGUUGUAUUGGAGGAGGAGUUCCGCAUUGAGGGUAUCCGCUGCUACUGCAUUCUGGGGGUGAACUCGCAUGAGCGGGUUGAAAAGCAGGCUGUUAUUAUUUCGCUGGGCUUCGAGGGGCCUGGGCAGUUGGCUUGGGGGUCGACUGCUGUCGAUACGUACGUGGCUAUGACAAGGGCCGUUGCCGAGAAAGUCGAUGAGACCACGUUUCAAACCGUCGAGGCGCUGGCAACUUUCGUGGCUCGCAUCGUCACAGUGGACUUUGGCAACGAGCGCGUGACGGUGUGCGUCGAGAAGCCUAGUGCCUUGGCGUUUGUUCAGCGCUCUGGCGUUGAGAUCACUCGGUCGCAGGCAUUCUUCGAGAGCCACGAGGUGGCGCGCCGGUGA